GAUACAAAAGACUCGAGUUCACUUCCAUGUUCGAACACAAACCCCCCUCUUUUGUCCAAACAUUAGACACAACCAUUUGUAUGUAUUUACUACCUACUGUCCAAGUGUAAUUAGCUACUACAAUUUGACAAGUUUAGCAAGUGAAUAUGAAGCAGAAGCCUGGAAUUGUGCUCAAGGAGCUGGGAUCCAAGCUCAAGAAUCUUCCCACUUCAAAAGAAACUCUCAUUCACAUCUUGGAGCAAGGUGCAACAGCUCUUUCUGCGUGUGAUCAGUCACCUUCAAAGUCUGUGUUGUUGUCCAUGCAACCUUUUAUGGAUGCUGUUGUCAAGCCGGAACUGUUAAAGCAUCAGGACGGAGAUGUAAAGCUCCUUGUUGCAACCUGUAUCUGUGAAAUAACCCGAAUCACUGCACCGGAGGCUCCUUAUGGGGAUGAUGUUCUAAAGGACAUAUUUCAUUUGAUCGUUAGCACCUUUAGUGGGUUAAGUGAUACCAGUGAACCUUCAUUUGGGAGAAGAGCUGUUAUCCUCAAGACUCUGGCAGAUUUCAGGUCAUGUGUUGUGAUGCUAGAUCUUGAAUGUAAUGACCUAAUCAAUAAAAUGUUCACCACAAUUUUGGCUGGUGCCAGUGAUGGGCACGCAGAAAGUGUUUUAAAUUCGAUGCAAACUAUUAUGGUGGUUCUCUUGGAGGAGAGUGAGGAAAUUGAAGAGGAUCUUCUACUUGUUCUAUUGUCUGUUUUAGGCCGGAAUAAAAAAGAUAUCACCACAGCUGGGAGAAGGCUUGCUAUGAAUGUUAUAGAGCAAUGUAGUGGAAAACUUGAACCUGGCAUCAGGCAGUUUCUUAUAUCAUCGAUUUCAGAUGAUAACAGGUCUUUAAAUUGUCAGAUUGACUACCAUGAAGUUAUUUACGAUAUCUAUCAAUGUGCUCCUCAAGUAUUAUCAGAAGUCGUUCCAUACAUCAGAGGAGAACUACUGACAGACAGCAUAGAUAUUCGACUGAAAGCUGUACAAUUAGUUGGCGAUCUACUUUCACUCCCAAAAUCUGCUAUCCCUGAAAUAUUUCAGCCAAUCUUUUCCGAGUUUCUGAAGAGGUUGACUGACAGAGCAGUCGAGGUUCAGAUGGCAGUCCUUGAAAAGGUUAAAAGAUGUCUACUGUCCAAUCCUUCAAAAGCUGAGGCCCCUCAGAUUAUCUCUGCCCUUUCUGACCGGCUGCUGGACAAUGACAAGAAUGUUUGUAAAGAAGUUGUUGCUGUUCUCUGUGAUGUGGCAUGUUGUUCCCUGAAUUCUGUUUCAGUUGAAACCAUAAAGCUUGUUGCGGAACGUCUUACGGACAAAUCUCUUCUUGUGAAAAAAUAUACCAUGGAGAGGCUAGCUGAGAUAUACAGCAAAAGUUGCUUAGAGUGCUCUAACAGAGAAAGUGACGAUGAGUAUGAUUGGAUUCCUGGGAAGAUUUUAAGGUGUUUUUAUGACAAAGAUUUCAGGUCAGAUGCUGUCGAACCUAUCCUAUGCUCAUCUCUUUUUCCCAAUGAGUUUUCUGUCAAAGAUAAGGUUAGAAAAUGGGUUAGAGUUUUUCCAAGAUUUGACAGAAUUGAAAUAAAGGCUCUUGAAAAAAUACUGGAGCAGAAGCAAAGGUUACAGCAAGAGAUGCUGAGGUAUCUUUCCUUAAGGCAGAUGCAUCAGGAGACUGCUGUUCCAGAGUUCCAGAAAAAGGCUAUGACUUGCUUCCGCAUUAUAUCUCGUAGUUUUAUAGAUCCAGGAAAAGCAGAGGAGAACUUUUUAAUACUUGAUGAAUUAAAAGAUGCUGAUGUUUGGAAAAAUAUUACAACUCUACUUGAUCCAAGUACUACAUGUCUACAAGCUUGUUGUUCUCGGGAUGAUGUACUAAAGAUCCUUGGUGAGAAGCAUAGACUCUAUGAGUUUUUACGUGCUCUCUCAAUGAAAUGUUCAUAUAUACUCUUUAACAAAGAACAUGUCAAAGAAAUCCUUCAAGAGGCUGAUAUGCAGAAAUCUGCUGGGAGUGCAGAGUUUACUUUGUCUUGCAUGAAUAUACUCGUGAUUCUUGCCUGCUCCAUUCCGUUGGUGCUUAGUGGGAUUGAAGAAGAUUUUGUACAUCUUCUAGAAGAUGAUAAUGAAAUAAUCAAGGAAGGUGUUUUGCAUGUUCUAGCAAAGGCUGGUGGAACCAUUAGAGAUCAACUGCGAAUUUCAUCCAGUUCGCUGGAUCUUAUAUUGGAAAGAAUAUGUUUGGAGGGUAGUCGAAGGCAGGCCAAAUAUGCUGUACAUGCAUUAGCAGCAGUAACAAAAGAUGAGGGGCUUAUGUCGCUCUCUGUUUUGUACAAGAGGCUAUUGGAUAUGUUAAAAGAGAAAAAAAACUUACCUGCUGUGCUACAAUCUCUAGGAUGUAUAGCUGAAAUAGCCAUGCCUGUCUUUGAAACAAGAGAAAGUGAAAUUGAAACUUUUAUAAAGAGAGAGAUUCUCCAGCAAAAGCAUAUCAUGGAGGAAAAAGCACCAGAAAGCUGGGACGAGAGAAGUGAAAUAUGCUCAUUAAAGAUCUUUGCCUGUAAAACUUUAGUUAAGAGCUACUUGCCUGUUAGAGAUGCCCAACUUCGUCAUGGAAUUGAUGACCUGCUAACUAUUCUCAAAAGCGUACUUUCCUUUGGGGAAUUCUCCAAGGAUAUUGAAUCAAGUUCAGUUGAUAAGGCCCAUAUGAAGCUUGCUGGAGCAAAGUCUAUUCUUCGAUUAUCUAGAUAUUGGGAUCAAAAGAUUCCCGUUGAUCUUUUCUACUCUACCCUAAGAAUUUCCGAGGUUGAUUUUCCUCAAGUUGAAAAACUAUUUCUGAGAAAAGUUCACCAAUACAUUAAGGAUCGCCUUUUGGACCCCAAAUAUGCUUGUGCAUUCUUAUCUAAUAUAGAACCUGAGAAGCCAGAUUUUGAAGAGGAGAAGCACAACCUAUAUGAUAUCAUUCAGACGUGUCAUCAAGUAAAGGCACGGGAUUCUGUGUCUGAUGCAGCUUCAUCUGUGGCUAAGCCAGAAUUUAUUCUCCCAUAUCUAGUCCAUGCUAUUGCUCAUCAUUCUUCAUGUCCUAGCAUUGAUGAAUGUAAAGAUGUUAAAUCAUUUGAACCAGUAUACAGGCGUCUGUAUAUGUUUCUUUCUAUGCUGGUGCACGCAAAUGAAAAUGUCAAUUCAGAAGAUAAUAUCGCGAAGGAGGAGAGUAUUUCAACGAUAAUUUCUAUAUUUCAAAGUAUCAAACUUUCUGAAGAUUCUGUAGAUACAACAAAGUCGAAGAAUUCGCAUGGAAUCUGUGACCUUGGACUGUCAAUCAUCAAGCGCUUGGCCAAACGAGACAUCCAGCAAGAUUUGAGUGGAUCGACAUCCUUGCCUUCUGUGCUGUACAAAAAACAUGAAAGUGAUGAAGGUGAACCUUUGGUUAAUAAAGGAAGGACAUGGUUAGCUGAUGAUGAUGUUGUGUCUCACUUUGAGUCCCUCAACUUAGAAGCUAAUGAAACUGUUCUUGCAACAAUUGCUGAAGAUGAAGAUAUAAAAGACAGUGAUACUGAUGAAAACGAGGUUCCAUUGGGAAAAAUGAUAAAACGUCUAAGAGCUAAGAGUAUGAAUGCAAAAAAAAUAUCGAAGGAUAAGCCUUCACGACCUUUAUCGAAUACAAAAAAUGAGUCUUCGCCUCCUUCAUCGAAUAUGAAAAAUGAUAUUGAUAUCAUGGGAAUGGUAAGGGAAAUGGACUUGGAUACUGAAAAGUUGGAACCAAGUGGGCAUGAACAUAUGCCCGAAAAAUUUGAUGAUCAACUUCAUAAACAGAGCAAGAGAAAGACAGGUGGAUUGGCUAAUGUUCCUGUACCAAAACGCCAGAGAUCAUCAUCUGCCCAAGCUCAUCACACACAGUCUCUUCCAAGAGGUAGCUCAAAAAGGGUCGCCAGCUUUUCUCAGGUGGGGAAGUCUACAUUGGAAUUUAUCAGAAUGGAUGACAAACUCCACAGUGAUCUUGAAGAGAAGAAUUCUCAGGAAAAUCCAAAAGUAGAAGAGUCAGACUCUUCGGCAUCUAGUCUGCAGAAGAGAUCAAACUUAUCAAAGCCUAAAGGCAGGGGCUCUGCUAAGGUUCAUAACGGGACUCAUAAACUAGAAGAAAGUACGGACCGUGACCUGGAUACGCCUACAAAGCUUAAGGACACAGAUGGCCGAAUUGCUGGUACUGAUCGAGAAUCGGGGUCUGUCAAGAAGCGCAAACGGAGAAGCAUUGCGGGACUGGAAAAGUGCACUUCAAAGGAAGGGGAACAUACUACUGCUGACUUAGUCGACUGCAGGGUCAAAAUUUGGUGGCCAAUGGAUAAGCAGUUUUAUGAAGGUGUGGUGAAGUCCUAUGACCAAGAUAAUGACAAACAUGUGAUAAAAUACGAUGAUGGAGAUAUUGAAGUGCUCUGUUUAGCUACGGAACGGUGGGAGCUAGUUGCAAAGGGUCGAAAGACCACAAAGAGAGUUGAUAUUUCAAAAGGUCGACCUGCUAAAGGACUAUCAUCUACUGUGAAGAGAAAGAAGUCUUCAGGUGGUUCAAGAGAAAGGAAACUGCCAAUUAAGAUUUCUUCAUCAUCGAAAGUAAGAGGAAAAAGAACCCCUAGGAAAAAUUUGAGGCAUAGUCAAAAGAGGGUGUCAAAGAGUAUUUCUGCUGAUUUUGGCGAGGAUAGCAGACACAGUCCUGGUGGAUUAGAUAAUGAACCUGUGAUGACAUUGAGAGGUGAAGAGUCUGAAACAGAAGAGGAGCAUAGCAAUAAAAUGGAAGACAGUCUUGGAGCUGAUGAUGAUACUUUUAAGCAUGAUAUUUCAGUUUCAAAAGAACAUCAGGUGGAUGCUGAGAACUCAGGUGAUACAAAAAAGUCAAAGGAAGAUCCUGAUAGUGAAGCAAAAGAUAACUAUGCAAGUGGAUCUCAUGAAAAUCAUGCAGAAGAAACGCAAGAAGCAGCUGUAUCAAGGGAAGGCGGCACUGAGAUUGCAACUGGAAUGCAGGAAUCAAAUUCUCAGGGAAUUCAAAAGGAUGAUGCUGAUACUUGUCAGAUGGGUUCAGAUGAAUCUGCAAAGAUACAUUCAGCUACCAAUGCUUCUGAAGAGGCGGAGAAUUCUGACAAUGAGCCUCUUGGGGCUUGGAAGAGUAGGGUGGGGAAAUCAGUUGCAGAAAAAUAGGUAGCCGUAACAGCAUACAAUUCUUUUCACGUAAAAAGGAUUGCAUAAAAAUGUCAAUCUGACCAAGAUCUUGAAUUUGUGUGAUACUGAAUAAGCUGCCAAUCGAGAAGAUUUGUCUCUAUACAAUUUUAUUCCAUUGAAGUAGGUGCAGUUAACCCACGUUGUAGCUCAGUAUGGUCGAUAAACAUAGGAUAUACCAGUGUAUGUGUAGGUUUUUCGAAAACUUAUUCUGUACUUGCUGUAAGGUCUUUUACGCAGGCACCAAUCAGAAUCAUUCAUUAUGUAUGUGAUGUACAGCUAUAGUGAUAUAUGCUGUAAUGCUAGCCAGAUGUUUUCCAGGUUAGUAUGUUGAAUUUGUCUAAAGUUCUGAAUGACUAAAGAAUAAUUUUCUGUGCA